AUGACUUGUUGCAGUGUCCGCAAGACCACCGUCCAAUUCUCAACACCAGAGGACCACGUGAUCUCCAAUUGUGUUCGUUCCAAGAGAGACAUGAAGAACUUUGAAGCAAUUCAAGAGAGUUAUCUCUUGGGGUUAUUGAAUGCCUUCUGUUCUUUCACCUUUGAAAAGCCUGCCAAGAAGUCCAAAGUGACCUUCCAAUUUGUGAAGACAACUACCCUUCAUUUUGGUCAAGACGUAGUGAGAAUCAGAGAUAUCACAGAGGCAAAUUGCAAGUGCAGAGCAGAAUUGGAAAGGAGUGUUGGAGUCUCGGAAGAUAAGGUCAAACGUAGAUUCGACAAGAACAAGAACAUCUUCCUUACUAAUAUGCUCUUUGAUUUUGCGCUCGAGUAUGGAUACUUCUUCAAUAGUAAAUUGGCUCGAAACACAGGCGGAGCAAUUCAGAUGGACAAAAUUAAAGACGUUUUCUAUAACGGUGAAUUGGUAUGUCAGCAGAGUGAUAUGAUGAUCAGAGGUAUCGCACUCAACAAGUACUUUUCCUCACUUACAGUCAACGAAGACAAGCAAGGUAGAGUUUCACAAUAUGAUUUGAUUAUCAGUAAAAUACUUACAGAUCCUCUUUAUAAAGUACAAAGAGACUGGAGUGUUGAGAUCAUCGAGAGAAGAGGUAUUAAAGCCAAUUUUUGA